CAAAUAAUUUCUAAACAAAAUAAAACUCAAUUUGUUCUCUAAAGCCAAAAAAUAACUUUAAACCCUUCGGCCAGCAUGCCCGAGUUUAAAACGACAAGAUCUUUAUAUCGCACUCGUACAGUGCGCAGCAUAACCCGAACUAUGCAACCCAUUGCCAGCAAAUAUCUCUUGGACUUUCAUGCUGAUGAAUUUGAUAGCACAAAUAGACGUAAAUCAAAAGUGGCCACUCAACGUGACUCUUUUCGACGGGCGGAUACAUUAUUGGAUCGUAUUAUAGGCAAACUUAAAAGAGACUUCAAGCCUGAAGAUAUAUUACUUCUGAUAACGCCCGCUAGUACACAUGUGAAACGUUAUAAAUUACAUGUUAUAGAACGACAUAGACAUGGUCAUUUGGGUAUGACCACAAUCACACACAAUGAAUUGUGCCGUUGGAAAGCAAGUAAGGCCUUUCAUAAAUAUUGUCUGGUAUUUGGUUCCCGUUAUAUGGAUUUAAAAACGGUGGUACUACAAACCGAUACCAUUAAAAGUCUGGUCAACAGUUUAGAUAGAAAAUGUUGUGUCGCUGCAAAAGAUGAAGAACUUCCCGCUAAAAUAUCCAAUACUAGUUCUGCUGGCGAUUAUUUGAAUGCUGAACCUGUAGCCACCAUAAAACUACAAGAUAGUUUUAUUCAAACUGAUCCAGAAAUCGGCGAUAAUAUAUCCUUUUCACUUAAAGAUAUUUUACAGCUUAUAGACACCAUUAAUCAAACUUUAGAACCUUGCAAAAAAGAUAUAUACCGUUUCUUUUUGAUGGCCGAUAAAAUGAAAUUUUCUCUUGUCAUACGUCCUGAAUUGUUGUGGAAAACAACAACGCUUGUUCUUAAUACAACUCUGGAGAAUUGUAUACGUUUUCAGAUAGAAUCCUAUUUACCGGGCAAUUGUUAUCUGGGUUGUAUAACUAUGUUGGAAAACGAUCUAAUGCAUCAGCUGGAUUUAUUUCCGAAACUCUUAUAUCAUACUCAUGUUAUUGAAGAUGUUUUUGAUCUAACUCCCUUACCGAGGUUUUUGGUGGAGUUAUUAAAAACUAUUCUUGGUUUCCUGAAAUUGGAACUAUUAUAUGACGCUUUGGGGGAGUUGAUAUUUGAAUGGUAUAAGAAUUUCACAUAUUUGUAAGAGU